AUGGCAAAAGUCAUUUUCACAGCUUGGAAAUCCAAGUCCCAGCUACUCCAAGUCCGAGAUGAAUUCUACCCUCCGCCCACCUACACAGGGCCAGAUCUGCGCUCUCACGGCUGUGCAGUGGUCGAAGCCUGGAAACUUCGCGGCAACGUUCCACACCACGUCGAAGCAACAGCGCUAUUAACAGAUGCAAUUCUGCACGACGACGCAGACAGGAAUUCCAUCUUCUCGAUUCGGGCUACGUAUUCUGCGGCGUUUUGUCGCUUCGUAACUGGCCUCGUAGAUACAAAAAUCCACGGCGUUCGAAGAACAAUGUUCCAACGUGCAACAGACCUGGGACUCCCAGCUUCCUUUGUGGAACUCCGCCAUGAAGCGACGCAUCGCGAGCCGCCGUCACUAAUUGUGCUACGCAAGGCUGCACAGCGCUCAUUAGAGUGGUUGUGGGUGAAUUACUGGGCUUUUGUCUCUGAUGAUGCUGUCGACGGUGGCUCUGAAGAGGCUGUUAGAGCAGCGAUAUCUGAGGCGUUGCAGCCGAUACUUGCUGUCGAGGAGAAUAAGAAUAUCUCCAAGAAGAAGAGGUGGGAACGGGCUGUUUCGGUUGCGUUGCGGCUUGUUGAGAUUUGUAAUGGGGCUGUUUGUGGGAGCAGGAUUUUGGCGAAUUUGCUUGUUGAGGGGGGUUUGUUGGUUCCUGGGGAUCGGGGACUCGGAGACUCCAUGACCGAAGCAUUUAAACGGUGGAAUCCCGUCCUGCAAAAAGUCGCAGAAAGUCAUCCAGCUUUCUUGAGACAGCUAACGGAAGACCUGGUCAACGAGCUUGCGUUCAAGAAUACCGAUGCUUCAGACACCAUCGGCGAAGCAUUGUACCUGUGGAUCGCGCAUAUUUUCACUUCUACAGCCUGGGAAUUCCACCGUCAAGCCUGUUCGCAGAGCUAUGUUCUGCGUGCUUGUGAUGAGAGUCCGCAUCAUUGGACGACGAUGCUGGGAGAGCAGGUGAGGAAGCAGGCUGGGAAAGCUAAGGUUCCUGCGAGAUCUGGGAAGAACCGGGUCUCGAAGGUUAGCACUGCUCGGAAUGAUUCGCAUUAUGCGCCGGCGCAGCUUUCGGAGAAGUUGGUUGAAUUUGGGUGGGGGUACUUGGAGAAGUGGGAUAGUCGGCCUUUGGGGGUUGUUUCGAGUCAUUAG